AGUAAAGGGCCAUCUACAAUGGAGUGUUUUAGUCGUAACAACGCUAAAUCUACGACCAUGCUGUCAAUAAUAUAAACGACGUAACAAUAAUAUACAAGCUGGCUAUCAUAGAGAGAGAUUUGGUCUUCGGAGACUCAUCUUAGCACAGUAGAGGCAUUGUUCCACAUGGUCCUGAUUAUUCGCAAUUGCCGAAUAUUAUCCAGCCGACAAAACAAACGACAAACAGUUCAAACUCUUGGAAGCUUUGGAAAGCUGCAAGAUUCAAGUCAAGACAGAUCCUAUCAUCAGGAAUUGAUUUGUGAGAUAAAAAGAAGCAAAUGUGCGAUGAAUCCAGCAGCAGUACUGGGAACGUUGUUCCUCUAUAGUGUCGCCAUGUUUACUUUGCCAUUUGCUGCCUUCUUUGGGAUACAACGCUUUAUGAUACUAGAAUUCCAAACUGAUACUGUUGUAACUAAUUACGUUUCUGUUCUGGCUGCUGUUGUCACAGUCAACUUGAUUAUCUCUUGUUACGCUUAUCAGGCUUUAAAUGAAUCUAUCGAGGAAAAAGAACAAAAUGAAGAUCAAGUUGGAGUAGAGUCCAAAGAGAAUUUGAAUAAAAAAAUUGAUUAAAAUAGUUUUCUCCAAAAGAGAAAGAAAAUUUCCAAAAUGUCAAGUAUUUUCCCCAUUAUUUGAAGAAACAAGUAUCUUUUAUUUAAAGUAUGUACAUAUAAUUGAUACAUGAAUAAUGGUGAAAAAUAAAAUUAAUAUCUAAAAAAGAUGUAAAUAUAUAGACAUAUGUAUGAGUAAAGAUUAUAUAUAAUCUUUAUAUAAUAAAAUAGUAACAAAAA